GUGCUGGCACAGCGCAUGCGCCUGGCGCAGCCGGCGCGGCGCGGAGCGGGGGGCGGGCAGGCAGCGAUGGCGGCCGCGCUGGGGCUCUCGUCCUCGCCGGGCUCCCCCGCCGUGAGCGAGCUGUGCCAGAACAGGCGGGAGAUCUUCCUGGAGGCCUCGCGGCUGCUCCUCACUUACGCUGACAACAUCCUCCGGAAUCCCUAUGAGGAAAAAUACAGAUUAAUUCGAAUUGGGAAUCCAGCAUUCUCCACAAGGCUGUUGCCAGUCAGAGGAGCUGUUGAGUGUUUAUUUGAGAUGGGGUUUCAAGAGGGAGAAACUCACCUGGUUUUCCCUAAGGAAGCUUCAAUUGAGCAGCUACGUAAAAUCAGAGACUUGAUUGCUGGAGAGAGGAGUAGCAGACUGAAUGAGUCAAACCAAAUCCACAGAUCAGGAUCCUCUGAAACUGUCAGCAGCACUCAGACAGCUGCACAACGACCUUCGAGACCUGUUGGCUCUGGUUUUGCCCCUGCCCGUCAGCAGCCAGAAACAUCACUUGUGCAAUCUCUUGAAAUGGCUGCAAAUAUCUUGAAAACACUUCAAACAAAAUUUGAGGGGCUUGUAUUGAUGUAUGAGAAUCCUUCUAUUCAGCAGAAAGCACUGGCUGCAAUUCCCCUCCAGGAAUUGAAAAGCAAGGCUCAGAAAAAGCUAGCACAAGCUACAAAACUGGACAAAGGUGCACAUGUGAAUGAAGAGGACUUCUUAUUGUUGGAGCUUUUGGACUGGUUUAAGACUUCCUUUUUUCAUUGGGUAAAUAGUCUUCCUUGCAGCAGGUGUGGUGGGCAGACAGAACCUAAAAGUGACUACCUGUUGCCUACUGAUGAUGAUCUAAGGUGGGAUGCCAGUCGAGUGGAAAACCAUUACUGCAACCAGUGUCAGCUCUGUAAUAGAUUCCCAAGGUAUAACAACCCUGAAAAACUUCUGGAAACCAGACGUGGACGCUGUGGCGAGUGGGCCAACUGUUUUACACUGUGCUGCAGAGCUGUAGGGUUUGAAGCAAGAUACGUCUGGGACCAUACAGAUCAUGUGUGGACUGAAGUAUAUUCUUCAUCCCAGAAAAGAUGGCUUCACUGUGAUCCUUGUGAAAAUGUCUGUGAUAAGCCUCUUCUCUAUGAAACUGGCUGGGGAAAGAAGCUCUCCUACAUAAUUGCAUUCUCCAAAGAUGAGGUGGUAGAUGUCACCUGGAGAUACAGCUGUAAACAUGAAGAAGUACUCUCUAGAAGGACGGCACUCAGCGAAGCUACGCUGCGAGAGACAAUUAAUGCACUAAAUAGAACGAGACAAAAGUCUUUGUCAGAAAAUAGAAAAAAAGAGCUCCUGGAAAGGACUAUUGUGGAGCUUGUUGAGUUUAUUUCUCCUAAAACACCUAAACCUGGAGAAUAUGGUGGAAGGACAUCAGGCUCAAUGGCUUGGCGAGUAGCCAGAGGUGAAAUUGGUCCAGAGAAAAGAAAAGAAGUAGUUUUUAUUCCCUCUGAAAAGGAGAAGACAUCUAAACUGUUCCAUCUCGUCUACAAUGUAAUAGAUGAUAGUUAUACACGCAUUUCCAAUAACAAUGAAAAAAUAAGUGGCUGGGAAGCAGGUGUUUGGAAGGCAGAAUCUAUUUGCAGAAAGGUUGAAACAGAUUGGAAAAUGGUUUAUUUAGCCCGAAAAGAGGGGUCAUCCUCUGCUUCCAUCAGUUGGAAGUUUGAGUGCAAGUCAGUCGGUCUAAAAAUAGAUAACAUUUCUGUUAGGACAAGCAGUCAAACAUUUCAGAGUGGAAGAAUACAGUGGAGACUUCACUCUCCUACAGCGGAAAUUGCUCUGAUAGGAGAUAAAAAUCUUUGCUCCUAUUCAGAUUUUUCUGGAGCAACGGAGGUUAUGUUGGAAGCGGUUCUAAAUGGAGGGGAUGGUGAAGCUGCAUGGCAACACACACAGCUGUUUAGAGAGAGCUUGACAGGAUGUGGGGAAAAUGGCUUGGAGAUAAUGAUAAAACUCAGUGACCUCUGAGAAUCUGAGCUGCAGAAAUGUACUUUGGAUUCCUUGAAGACGUUAUACCAUGGAUACAACAUGAAGAUUUGCUUGGCAAUUCCUCUUCAUCCUGUUGGCAGAUUAUUUCCUGUUUCACUGCUUCCAUUAAACCAACUUGAAACUGCACGUGUAUUGAAUAGGUAAACAUUACAAUGAAAACAUCUUUGCUGUAAAAACAAACACAAAAAUUAAGGGAUUAAACCAUAAAGUACCCUUUUCUUAAACUUUACGAUGAAAAGGAAACAAUUUUUAAGAAGCAAAACGUGAUCAUAGAAGCACAAAGCAAUUGUAAUUGAUUUUAAUUUGGAGUUUUGGGAUUGGCUUGCUGGUUGUUUUUUUUUUUGUUUUUAUAGUCUACUGGGAAAAAGUAGAUUAAAACAGAUUGAAUUCUGUUUUCCAAUUAUAACAGAUGCUUCUGAUGAUUUUGAAAUAUUUUAAAUGAUGUUAGAGAAUUUAGACAUUUCUUUAAAAAUUUGAUUUUGUGUAGUAUCCGGAAUAAGUUAAUUUCAAUAUUGCUUCAAAAUUGCCUUGUUAGAUGUCUAAGUAUUAAACCUCUGUUUAAUACCUAGAGCUAUUUGGAAGCAUGGUGGUUGCUGGGAAAAUAACCUCAUUUUGAAAGAAGUGUUCAUUAUCUCCCUAAAAUUGUCAUAGCCUGUGUUUAUGAAAUUGAGGCUUAAAACUGAGUAAGAACAUCAUAUUUUUUUCUAUGAAAAAAUAGGUUAUUCAUUAUAAAUACUUUUAAUGAUAUUAAUUCGGAUUUGCUUAAUAAAUCUUUUAAAAGUUAGGCAUGUAGGUUGAAAUCCUUUUAAGCUGUUGUCUUGACUUGCUUUAAAUACUCUUCCCAAAUUUGAUGUUAAAGUAUAUACAUUUUUUUCUGUUCAAUUAAUUCAGUGUUUAAAUUUAUUUUCAGUCAAUAUAAUAAAAAAUUCUAUCCAGGAGACAUCAGAUGUUGCAGUGCUAUGAAUAAAACAUGGAGUGAAUGUUCAGAUUAGAUGGUCUUUAUCAGAAUGUGAGGAAGGCCUUACCUGGAUUAUACAAGAGAUAUUCUAAUAUAGAACUAAAAUGCAAAGUUCAAACUAUGGUUUUAUUUUUAAAUAAGUGAGAAUUAAGGAUGAUGCUCUCAAGAUCAGUGUUUUUAAAGUUUUUCUUCCUUUUUCUGAUCUUUCCAACCUCUGUAUUGAUUUGAAGUGUUUGUCGAAAAUAAUUUAUGUUGAAAUAAAUGUUUGCUGACCUUUCAA